UGCAACUUCUUUUCACCACCACCUGUAUCCUACCCCCAACCCAAUCCACAACAAAAACAAAAAUGUCCUUCGCUGCCGGUGACGCUUCCAAGGGCGCGGGUAUCUUCAAGACCCGCUGUGCUCAGUGCCACACCCUCGAGGCUGGCGGCCCCCACAAGGUCGGCCCCAACCUCCACGGCAUCUUCGGCCGCAAGUCUGGCCAGGGCGAGGGCUUCUCGUACACUGCCGCCAACAUCAACAAGGGUGUUACCUGGGACGAGCAGACUCUUUUCGAGUACCUCGAGAACCCCAAGAAGUACAUCCCCGGCACCAAGAUGGCCUUUGCCGGCCUCAAGAAGCCCAAGGACCGCAACGACCUCGUCACUUUCCUCGAGAAGGAGACCAAGUAAACGCGUCAGUGAACACUAGAGCGUAGGCGCCCGCCUUGUAUCUUUACGGCGAGAGCCCAUACAUGCAAAAAUAGUCAAA